AUGGUGACAAUACGAUCCCCCGGUGGCCAAACGCGCCGGAAAUUCAAGGAGAGUUGUAGCCAGUGUGCAUUUGUCAAAGUGAAGUGCGGCAAAGAGAAGCCAACCUGUACACGCUGCCAAACUCGCGGGCUCCGUUGCAAUUAUGAAGUCUCCCACCGUGCCGGUCGACGCCCAGCUGCCGAGCGUGUCUUGUCCACAGAUCGGAUCAGCACAUCCACUAGGCCCACUCCGGUACCUCAAUCACCCCCUGCUGCAUCAAGCGACAAAAGUGUGGAGUUUGCUGCGCAGUUCUCGGCUUCACUGCCAAGUGAUAUAGAUGAACUCUGCGGCCUUGCGUUGCCAAAUAUUCACUCGAUGUCUGGUACCGAAAUAUCCACAGGGGAAGGCCUCUCUCCUUAUCUACUCGGGGUGCUCCCGUCGGAGCGUAGUUUUUGUGACAAUGCAACGAAAUCAACAAGAGGGCAACCAGACACGUUAUCAUCAGCCUUGGUUGACCCCUACAAAUUAUGGCCUGGGUUGGGCGACAUACCCAACCAGUUCGAUAGUCUGGGAACAUCAUCCUCAUCAUCCACCAGCAGCCUCUGCAACGGCGCCCUAAUGGGCCAGAACAGCUGUUCACAAAAGAUGUUGGCUGUUCUCUCCGGGGCGCAGAAUGAUACUCAUUACAAACCCUGGUUGCUUUCCCCUAGUUCCCCGGGGGUUGACAUAGCCAUGGGGUGCAAUCGAAACAUCCUAGAAGUGGCAACCUCGGCGUUAGAAUGCCCGUGUCUACAAACAAACCACCAGCUACGAUAUCUGCUCGUCUUCGCCGCCAUGGAUGUUCUAGCUCGACAUGCUGCCGUGGCCGUGUCGGGCCCAGCGGGCUGCGAGGACAAGGUAGCCCGCGCGAGCGUGGUUUUUGGCGAGCUUCACCGUGUGCUCCAAUUUAUCGAUAUUCUCUUCCACCAGUGUCGUCAACGGCCCUCCUCUUCUUCCUCACUUACAAGUCCACGUCGCUCGCCCACACCUCUCCAAUCAUUGAACUUCUCGGAUUCAAUAGACCCCAUAGUAAUGGCGAGCGGUCAAACUUCUGUUGCAGAAUCACCGCCAGAAUUUGACUUCGAUAAUAAUAUUAAUCAAAUCCAAACUGAGACAGAUGUCAGGAUGUUCGAUCUCGUCUUUCUGCCGCUUGAGACAGAGGUCCGACGACAAUUCGAGACCGUACGGGAUGUGAUCAAAUCCAUCCUUCGCAAUGUAUGA